UACAUCUGUAAAUUUUUAAAAGAAAUUACAUUGAUCUCUCUUGUACUUGUUCAAAAGUAGUAAAAUAUCCAUUUAUAAUUUCAGUAUUAAAGUCUCGAAACUUUUGACGUCACUAGUCUAGAUAUGGUCGCUGUAUAGUUUAGUAAAUAUGGCGGCCGACACAGACAAACUAUGGUCCAUUCGAGAAGAUGGAUGUUUGUCAAUAGAUGUAAAUACACGUAAUGUUAUCUACAAUUCAUCGUUAAAUUCAGUUAUUUUAUCAAGUAAUGAUCAAACAGUUACUGUUUUAGAUGCUUUAUCUGGUGCAUUUUUGCAAAAGUCCGAUUUAUCUGGGCACAGGUGUGAUCUGUUAGAGUGUGUUUACCUACCAGAAAAAGAUAAAACUGUAUUCUGUGAUGGAUGUGCUUUAGGGGUUAGAGGGGAUCUGCAGGGCAUUUUACUCUUGGACACAGCCUUGCAAACUCCAAUUAAUAAACCAGAAGAUAUUGUUAAGAUAGAAUUACCUUUGGUUGAGGCAACCCAACUAAGAAAAACUCUAUUGUCAACUGAUCUUAGCAGCAAGGAAUUUAUUGAUGAAUUUACUAAAGAUUUGAGUCAGGGCAUUGAAAAGGCACAAGAGGCAACAAAGGGGAAUCAUAAAACAGCGAAAUGGGCAACAGUGUGUCUUCAAAUGCAGCACCUGAUACUCAAGUCUGUCUGUACAUCGCUAAUGGAGGAACUGACCAAAGCCAACCAAACUGGCCAGGGAUUUCCUGUGGCUUCAGCAAUUGUAGACCGCCUGGCUUUUCUUUUGCCUGGCAGCAGAAUAGAAAUAAUGAAGGAGCCAGUGAACAAAGCUUUAAUGUACAGUGAAGCAGCUAGAAGGGAGACUUUUGCAAACUGGCCACACAUGAAUUACAAAUGGGCUUUACCUGAGCAAAUGGCACAGGCUGGCUUCUUUCACCAUCCCAACCUUCAUGGGGAUGACCGUGCUAUGUGUUUUACUUGUAAUGUGUGUCUUGUGUGCUGGGAGCCAACUGAUGAACCAUGGUCUGAACAUGAACGUCACUCCCAGUCAUGUCCAUAUAUCAAAGGGGACUGUACACAAAAUGUUCCAUUGACUGUUACAUAUGCCACACAGCCUGCACAGUUUCAUGGGGAUUCUAAACAGAAAAUUGCUUGUCUAAGCUCAACAUUCAAUGAAGACUUUAUUGCAACAUCAACUAAGGAUGGUAAUAUUGUAGUCUGGGAUAUAAGUCAUAUUUUAAAGAAACAUAGUCAGUUUGAUAUUGAUAUUACUAAUGCACUGGUGGCUUUGAAAACAGGGCUCCAAAUAGAAAGACAAAAUCAAGCUUCAAAAAAAGAUACUGGUGAUCAAGAAAUGUUUGGAGAUGAAGAUGUGGAUGAGACUGUUGAUUCUGAAUGGCAGAAAGAAGAUAAACAGUCAAAAAAUGGAUCACACAGACCAUCUGAAGACUUGUUUGUGACUUCACUUUGUAUAGCUGAUGAAGCCAAAUGGAGAGACGAAGUCAUCUCCCCUAACCCAUCGAAACCUGUUACAAUACAUGAUGCUCAACUUUCACUUUUAUGUGGGGUAACUUUACGAAGGACUAAAUCUUUUGAGACUGGUGUAACUAAUUCACACUAUAGCAGGGAUGGUGUUAGUAAUUUAACAGUGCAGUUGAUGAAUGAGGUAAAUGAAGCAGUGAGCAGCGAGUCCUCUCUCUCAAGACUUAUAACUGAUGGACAUGAUUCAGAGGAGUUUGCAAUGCCAGAGAGUCGUUUGGUGCCAUACAUUAUUGUGGUCUCCUUAGUUGAAGAGGUCCAAUCAUCCAGUCAUGCCAGCCCAACCAAGCGCAAAAUUAACUUCUCACCAGGGCUGAGCAAAACUUCCAGCAGCAAAGAUGAUCUCUCAGCAUCUCCUGGUAUGCUGGCCAACAAUGCCGAUGAGUGGUCUCUUCACCCUUGGGAGGAUCCACUGGAUUCAGACUGUCAGAUAGUUGGUUACACUCCAGCACCUCCAAAAAAUUCUAGUUUGUUUAACCCUUCAUUUGUAGAUAGCCUUCAGGCUGAAGACAAGCAUAUAAAAAACUUAAGUCAACUUGUUCCCAAUGGCCCCAGUGAACUCUGUGAUAGUCUAGAUCCCAACUUCCCAGAGCCUUACUCUCCACUUAAACCCUUCACCUUUGCAGACUCUGAACCUGCAGCAUCAAUCAAACUUCCAGGCUUGUCCUCGUACACUAGCUACACCAGUGAUUCCAGUGCUGACUCAUUCAUUAAUACAAAUGGCCUCAAUAAAAGAGAGCCCCCAAAGAUAACAGGCAAUGUGAUUCAAUGUGUUGAAAUCCCGUUACCCUUCCAGAAAGAGCAAAUAGAAGUCAAAUCUAUUUUGCCGUCCAUAGACAAGCAACAUGUGAUAGUCAUUCUUUCUGCUAAGACUGGAUUUUUGGAAAGCUCAAUUCCUUUAACUUCAGCUGAAAGCAACAGUUCAUCCACACACGACAAGGCAAAUGGUUCUGGGGAAGGGUACUGUGGAGGUGGAAUUUUAGUGUACCGUUUGAAAACUGAAAAGGGUAGACUGUUGUUAGAAGAUGAACCAGUUGUAAUAUAUGAAGUGGAUACCCCUAGAAAUGUGAUAACAAGUACAUUCUUACUGCCUCUGGAUGUGGAGAACCAGGUUGAAGAUAGCCCAUCAGAAGGAAACCAUUUUUUAGAGCACCAAAGUAGUAGCAUCAGUAGUAACCCAGCUAAUGUGUCGGGUCAUAUAGUCAUAACCACAGCUUCAGGAGCAAUACAGAUAAUGUCAUUAGCGAAAUUAACAUUAGCUGCAGUUUUGGAGCCAGGGCCUAGUGAGAAAUACAUUUGUGUGACUUACUGUUCAGGAAUCGAACGUCUUUGUGCGUGUACAGAUAGUGGCAAGCUUCAGUUCUUUGAUAUUGACACUGUUGGUGACAGGAGAAAUUCAUUAAAUAACCACGACUUUAUAGACGGAAUUGAAUCUGGUAGAGAAGGCUCAGCUUGCAAAAAAGCUAAACUAGAUGAUGAUGUUGUAGACCAUCUUGGGACAGAAUCUUUAACCAGCCAACCUUUGACAGCAGAAAGUGUGACAAUGCUUCACAGUUUAAUCCAGUUUGAAAAUUUACUGCCAAGAUUUACUGCAGUGGUGCCACCUUGCUGGUCAGAGAUUCAACAAGAACAACAACAAAGGAGACAUCCUCAGCACCUUCAGCAGCAAGGGGAAUCUACUCAGCACACCAGAACAUGGAAGUUGACAGCUGACUCUGGGCAAACAUGGGAUGAGCACUUGUUAGAAAUUCUGCUACCCAAACCUUGUUCUGUGGGGCAUGUUGAUGUCAAAUUCUCAUUACAUCCUGGCGCAGUACAUCCAAAUAUUGAGCUCACUUUACUGAAGCAAAAUAUUGGCUCAAUAUUUUUACCAUCUGGUACCUUAAUCUCAGAUCCAUCCCACCCUAAGUCUUUGUCUGGAAGCAAGAACAACCUGUGUGAGCCCAAAGGGGAGGAAGAGGUAGUGAACAAUGUUCUGAAUCCAAAGUUUCUUGAGGUGCACAAUGCAGAAGUGCUGUGUGGUCCUAUCAAGCUGGCCAACUGUAUAGACCUGACUGGCACCGGUGGUCUCAUCACUUUAGCUAGUCCACAACUGCUCAACUCAAAGCCAAGGUCACUGCUACUACACAUCAAAGGUUUUGAAAACAGUCCACUGUCAAGACCUGUGGCUGUGAACAAAGAGAAAACUGAAUCUGAAAGAACAGCUUUAGAAAAAGCUAAAACGAAAAAGAAGAUACUCAAUUCCAUGUAUAAAAACAUGUUAGUUGAUGGGAAACAUAAAAACAUCAAAGGACUUUUUGAUAGUGUAGCUCAAGCCUCCAAUGACAAAUCUACCUCCACAACCAAGCAGAAGUUGACUGAUGCAAAAGGCUGCGAUUGGCUGCAAGAGCUGUCAGUGACCAUACGUGUGUUUAAGAAAACUUCAGUUCGGAAUGAAAAACAUUUGCGAAGCUCUAUGAUUCAGGACCCAGUUUUUCACAAACGCUUGAUUAAAUUGCUUAUGACCUCACCAUCAGAUGUUGGUUCCUUGAAUGUCAGUGUGGAACAUAUGCAGAAUAUGUCUCUUGAUAUUCUUAUAUGGAUUUUAGCAAUGCUAAAGAAUGAUGUUGAAAAACGGGGCUGUGAAAGAGUUUUGAUUGAAUCAAUACAGAAUGAAUUGAAAGAAAUUGUGAAAUCAUGUUACAUCUCUGGAACACGCACCACUGCUCAUAAAUUUUCAAGACUUUUGGCACUUUGUAUAGAAUUUUCCAAGUUGUCAACAGAACCAGAAGUGGCUCACAAUUUCAGUCUCUCUUUGAUGUAUGGGUUGUUGGAUUGCUUUCCCUUAUUGCCACUGUGUUUCUCUAGUGGGGCACUGAGGUGGUUCUUCACGCUGCUCAACAGAGUCAAAUGCAUGGACAUGGAACUGGUUGCUCAGAAGUCCUGUGAACUUUUGUUGGCUAUUUCAGAACAGUAUAGCCAGAGGACUCAACUGCAGCAUGCCCUGCUUAAAACAAGAUACGGACUAUAUGGAAAUCCUUUUGAACCAGAAUUGUUUGACAUGGACUUGGGUGGCACAGCAAAGUCCAGCUCAUUACCAUCAGGUAGUGCUACCCCCACUUCUAUCUUCAACAAUGUUAUCAAGACAUCUGCAGCAAGUAGCAGUACUUCCAACAAUAAAGAUCAACAUGACCUGUAUGAUAUGUUACUGUUUUCAAGUGAAAAAAUGAGCAAACAUAAUUCUGAUUUUCUUCAAAGUGACAUCUUGGGGUUGCUAGAGGUGGAACCACUUCAUUUCAGAUGUCAUGCUACAAGUGAUGGAACACGUAUGGAGCGAAUGGAUGCUACAUCAGCCUCUGGUGGUCCGGCUGCCUCCACCAGUGCAUUCAAUGCAGGGCCCACUCAUCUCAUGCCUUAUCAGCCUCCUAGCAUGGUUGGGGAUGAAAGUAUGCUGCCAAUGCUUGGUGGUGACAUUAAUGCCUAUCUGGCACAAUCUGCAGGACCUAAAUUGUCUAAUGCUAUGACUGCCAUAGAUGAGAGUGGAUUAAAAAAGAAGUCCUUUGUAAAUCCAACUUCCAAGAUGUAUGGAGCUAAGAUACUUCAACCAUUGCAAUGUCCAGUGCAAAUUUUGUCAUUGUCUGGACAGCAGCAACAGAAAGAGGGACUACAGCAAUCUCAGAAACCAGGUCCCCAGAAACAGUUUGCCUUUCCUCAGAUUCAAGGCCUCCUUCAGGCACCCCCACCACAAGUGCUUGUGAUAGAGAGAAUGCAUUCAGGUGCAAGGCGUUUUGUAACAUUAGAUUUUGGCAAGCCUAUAGUUCUCACAGAUGUUGUAAUACCAUCAAGUAUGGAUUUGGCAUCUCUGUCUAUUGAUGUUUGGGUUGAAGGGGAAGAAAUUGAUGGACAACGACUUGUAGUGGCUUCCGACAUUAAGGAAAGAACCUUGGUGAUGAAUAACAUCAUGCCAGCUCCUGUCUGUCGCUAUCUUAAGAUAACAACUGUUGGCAGAUACAGUGGUGGCACAACAAGAUCUCGCAUACCUUUAGGUUCUUUUUAUGGUCACACCUACAUCUUGCCCUGGGAGUGGCCUAACAGUCAUGCUAAGAGCCAAGCUUCAUGUGGACAGUCAGCAAAUAGUUCUGUUCCCUCCAUGCCCACCAAAGAAAUGACUGGAGGCCAGUCUGAGGCAUCUAAGGUCUCCAGUCCAUGCGAGAUAACCAGUCAGGGCUCUUUGUUUUCUCAGCUGGCCCUGUUUUUGUCUUUACUGGAGGAUCUGCAAUGCAGGUUCAACUUGGCUAAAACUCGUCUGGAAUCGUUGUUGAGUGCUGUGGGCAGCAGUCAGUUUGCCUCGUCUCAUGUUGAGUAUUAUUUAAAAAGAAACAACUCUGGAAAACUAGGAGAAGAAGAUUAUCCGAUUUUACAAGCAUACAAUGAGUGUUUACAACUGCAGCUUCAACUAAAUUUAGCUCAGCGAGCAAUACGUAGGUUGCAAACAUCUCUUGCAAUUUCAGUUGAAACUCUAGAUGAAUCUGCCAGCACUGCAACUCUUUUAGCUCAGGCCACUACUGACAAGUUACGAGUCAUUCUGGAAAAUCUUCUGGAUACACUGCUGACUUCCACUGUGGCCAAUCCUGCUAUUCCUCACCCUCCCACCACAUUGUAUUCAGCACUAUCUCCAGAUCAGGCUCAGACUCUCUUUCAAACUUUGUGCAUUAAUGGUACUCAGCGCAUUCAGGUGUCAGCAGGCUUACUGUUGGUCAGAGUUUGUGGUACUCAGCCAUGGUGGGGCCAGUUUCUGGGCAACAUGCUGCAAGAAUUUUUCCAUGCCCAGUAUCCUCAGGUUUCUCCACUGGACAGAGUGUUUGUGCUGCUGAGUGCCUUAGGGCAGAAGUCAUUAGGUGGUCCCAGUGCCCUCCAGAUAUUAGACAGUCUGUUAUCAAUGCUAACAUCUAUAUUGAAACCUCUCUUGAUGACAGACACUGAACAUAAUGCUUCUAACCAAACUCAUUUGGACCUGUCAUUGAUAAGUUGGGUACUUUUGUUUCUGUGCCGAAACAUGGAUAAUCCAUCUACAAUAGUCACUUCAAACACUGAUGAUACAGAAAAAGGAGCAAAAAGAGAGAAAGAUGUAGGCACCAUCAACAACAGAUGGGCUUUCAUAGAGAGUCAGUGGUCACCUUCAUUGUCAGGAGGAGCCAGAGGAAAGUUCUAUCGCAGAGGGCUUCAGAGAAAGCUAACGUUUAGUAGAUUCAAACAUGAUAAAGUAAAAAAAGCAUCUGCCAAGCUUUUCUUGAAAAGCAAGUUAGAACAACGAAGCAAGGGUGAAACAGAUUUGAAAGAGGAUGAUAUUGAACUAGAUCAGCCUAUUGUAUUAUCCAGAGAUAAAUGUUUAGCAGUGGUCAGAGGAUUGAUGGCUCUUUUGUUAAGCAUGGAUUUCACUUGCCGUGUGGAUUUAUUUUUAGUGGCUUGCAAGGUUUUGGCCAAAAUUUGUGUAGCCUGCAGACCACCAAUCAUUUUGGUUGAAUCAAUGAAACAGGAACAACUUGAGCAACUCAUUCUCCUAAUAGUUGACACAGAGUUUAAUCAUGACAACUUGACCUGGGGGGGUCCAUGGGCUGGCCAUGCAAUCACUUGUUUACUACAGGAUAUUUUAGAAGGUGAGAAAAAUUGUCCAUCUAGUCCAGAUGACUCUGAAGCAGAUAUCUCUGAUGUUGACGAUGCCAUGGCUUAUCUGCAUUGGUUGAAGAAUGAAGGCACACUACUGAGCUCAGAGCAGCAGAGAGGAAACAAAAAAGUUCGAGUAAUGCUAGUGGAACAGGUGAAACAAGUGCUUAAAACUAAGCCUGAAUAUCAAGAGUUUUUAAGGAGAGACUUCAUGGCUGGCCUGCUUUGUUUGGCUGAUAAGGAUGAGCCUACUGAUCUAGCAGCUUUGUUCCUCAAUAAGAGUGACAAGGACAAGUGUAAGUGGAACAAGUUCUUGGAACAAGUCAGUAAACACCAGACUAAGAGUCCUGGGGAAGUGUUCAGCCCUUCUUUGUAUUCCUCGGCAGCUCCUGAGUACCUGAUGGAGCAAGAUGGACCAACAUUUUCUCUGUCUAAACUUUUAGAUGACAGUUUUGAUGAUGUUGAGCUGCCUGGGACAACUGUUACUCCUGGGGCUAAUUUGAUCAAAGUCACUUCAUGCUACCAAGCUGGAAGUUUAAAACAUCUUCUUAGCUUCCAGCAAAAGUUAAAUGACCAAAUUGUACCUACUUGUGUGUCAUCAGUUAGUCAUAGUGUCUCCACAGCACUGGAUGCCAGGCUUGAAUAUGGUUUGGAAACUAUGCCUGAACAUAGACUUAAGGUAAUGCAGUCUGUACAUAGCACCAAUAUACAAUCUGCUUUUUCUUCUUCACUGCCUUCACCCCCAGCUGGAUGCGCUGUGAAUAUGGACAUAAGAAAUGAUGAGACAGAUUCUUUAUUUGUGAGACUAGAUUUGGAAGCUUCACCAUUAUCCUCUGUUGAAAUGCUGAGCCAGUGCUUUGAAAGAAUGUUUGCCCAGCUUAGAACUGGUCGUGUGAGCCUUGAGGCCAUUCUUCAACUAUGGCUGAGACUCAACGAAGAUCAACUUCCUUUUGAAGGUGCUUCAGCAUCUAGCACUGCUGCUGGGGCAACCAAUAGCCAUGCAUUUGAUCCCACUAGACAACCAGUCAUUACUCUGAGUGAGAAUGCAGUAGCUUGUCUCAUAGAGGUUAGUGUUAUGAUGCCUUGUCUGCCUGUGAGGACCUGGGUCUAUCUACUGCAGUCUUUAUGUCUUCUGACCAAUCAGAGACAGACCAAUGCUCAAGGGGUGGAGUUUUCAUUAGCCCCUUGCAUCUUGAAUGACUCCAACCUAGCUCCAUUGCUGAUUAAGUUUUUGUCAAGCCAUCCCCCUGGUGGGACCCAAAACCACCAGGUGGGCCCAGCUGCUGUGAAAAUUUUUGGUGACUUGUUGUGUAGACUCCAAUGUAAAUCUAUAGAAGUCAGCGGUCAGAGAUUCAAAGAAAUGUUGUUGAAAAUUGUUUAUAAUCUCACUGCUGAAAGGGGUGCUAUUUAUCACUGUUCUGGGCCAUUAGAUGCACAAGUCAAAUUCUUAGAAAUGCUGGCAGAUAAUACAUUUGUGUCUGUGGAUGUUAGCAAUGCAUUGAGUGUCAUUCAAGCUGCUAGUAGCUUGGUCUUUCAACAUUUGUCCUUGCAAGAUCAGGUUGUGUGCAAAACUAGUCAUGAUACAUCUGUUAGUUCCAGAUCCUGCUUUGGUAGUCUGGUAGCAAGCUUAUCCCGGCACUCUGACAACAGGCCAGGAAUGUCAGAUUCCUUGAGAGACCAGCUUAUGUAUUUCCUUAUGCAACUUUUAAACAAGCUUACAACAGUGUCUGCACCCUGUCCACCAGUCAGAACAUGUACCAGUAAAAGUACUGACCGAUGUGACUCUGACAACUAUGCUGGCUCCCCAAAUAAGUUUCCACAAGGUGUUCUGUCAGAUGAUGAGAAAUCCCAGACAAUGGUUCAGCAGUCUGUGGAGUCUCAAGGUCAACAGUCUCAGGAUUAUGAAGAUGAUGACAGUUCAGGGAGCUCUGGUUUGACUUAUGAGAUAGCAGAUAUUGUCAUUGGCAACCCUGUGAUUAUGCAGAACCUCCUGCAGUCUCUGAGCCACUGUACAAGCAACAAGCUGGCUUUCAUGUUCACCAAUACCUCUGACUGCCUUGCCAGCUUUCAGAAGAACUGUGACCAGGUGGAGCCUGUGACAGUGGGGGACCUUGUGUUCACUGUGUUAAAGAACCUCAAGGACAAUUGUAGUGACCGCAAUCUUAUGGUUGACAAUUUGUUUAGGUUCUUUGCAGGACACCCACCUGUCUUCAACCAAGUGACUCUCACACGUCUUUCAGAGCCUCUACUUUAUUUCACUUUACGGCUCUUGAGUUCAUCAUCAACAUUAAAGAAGUUCAUUGAAAUAGGUGGCAUCAAUGUUAUCAGUAAUAACUUAGUUCGCUGCAACCAACAGAUGAUCUCAACCUCUCCUAGUAUUAUCUCAACACUCAUGCAGAAUUUCAACUCAGGGCAUACAGACUCACUGGACAAAAGCAAAGGCUUUGAGAUGGACAAUACUGAAGGAUUGCAGAGUUUUGCUCAGCUGGGCACAAUUACAUGCAGUAGCCCAACUGCUAGUCCUGCAGAUGGAUUAAUUCAGAAUGUAGCCAACAGAAGAGCCAGAUCAGCCACUUGGUCGUAUCAUUUUUACUCAGAGGAACCAUCAGUUGAGCUGACAAUACAUCUACCAUUUGCUGUUCUCUUAAAAUAUGUCUACAUACGACCACAUGGAGCAGCAAUAGCUACUUGCCCAUCCCAUGUUAGCCUGGAGUUGUCUCAUGAUGGCAACAUUGUGUCACCAGCCUCUCCCCCGCUCAUGUCAUCCAGUCUCACACUGAUACGUCUCCAGCUCCAAAAGCCAGAGGUGGUCACUUCUGUAACACUCAUCCUUCACCGACCUUGGGACUCCAUGACCAUUGGGCUUCAGAAGAUUUCCCUUUGGGGACUGACAACUUUUGCUGAAACCACAGAAAAUCUUUUCUCUUUUCUUAGUGAGGAUGGCUUUUCAAGAUCUAGCCUGGGUUGGAUGCGCAUUCUCCAUCAUUGUUUGGUGAACUCAGCUGAAGACAUGCAGACCAACGUAGCACACCUUGCAGCCAGCACACCCAGCCUCCUUGCCACCUGCACAUCUCUGUUAGUUCACCCAUUCAUAGGAAUCCAUGCUAUGAAAAUAGAGACCAUUUUGAUAAAACUGGGUCUUUGUAACAGUGAGAUUGGUUUGGCCUUGUUUGACCACAUCCUCAGGCAGCCUUCCAGGGAUAGUGAACAAGCUUCACCUCACAGUUACCUUGGUAAAGUCCAUGGAGCAGCCAGUCCUUACACUGUAGAGAUUCUGUAUAGAUUGGGUACAGUUCAAGAUGAAAAAACUUGCUGCAGGGUUAAAGCAUUGUUAAAGUGGCUAGAGGACUGUUCCAAAGCAUCAUUAACACGGGUAAACAUUUACAGUGGCCCUUCUGGAUCAGGCACAUCAUUUGGUCAACGAAUGGGCAACAUGUCCUAUGAUAUGUUGACCUCCCCAUCACCUGAGCAUGUUCAGUGUGUGGCUGCCAUUUUAUGGCAUAGUGUGGAGUGUCCUGUCAAUUAUGAACUCACAGAACUAAUAACCGAGUCUUUCAUCAGAUCAAUGUAUAAUUGGUCAAGAAAUCUACCAGAGUGCAAUCUCAGGAAAGCUGUAAAUAAUGUGCUGUGUUCUGCUUGCCACAUCUCUUCCACUGGUUUCAAGUGUAUACAAGAAUGGAUUGGUAUUGUGGCUGCAGAUGGAUCCAACAUCAUUGCUCCAUCCACUGAAGAGAUUGUUGCAGUGGAAAGCAAUGAUAGCAGAAUGACUGAUGACUCUAAAGAGGCCACUAGAAGACCUGCUGCGCCAGGGGCGUCUUACAGUACUGUUGGUAUGACUGAUGACUCAAAAGAGGCUUGUCGCUUGGAGAGUCUGAAUAUUAUGAAUUUGGAUGAUAAUAAACUGAUGUUGUUAGCCUCUGUGUGCAAAUCACCUAUGGCUACUAGACAGUUGAUGAGUAGUGGUCUCCCAGCCAUGCUUGCUCAGGCUGUAUGUGAAUUCUGCAACCAACAGAUGCUCUUGUUGGACACUGCUGCAGCAGGAAAUCUCAUGGAUUCUGAAGUUUGUACUGGGUCAAGAGAUUUCUUGGAUGCUGGUAUUCUAGAGUCACCUAUUUCAGCAUCUUUGAUUUCUUCCAUUUUGAAAUUCUUCACGGAAAUCAGCACUGAGACAGAAUUGAAGGACUGGCUGGGUCACUCUGAAGGCAAAGCAUUCUGGUCACUUCUUCUGUCUUUGUUGUGUGGAAAUCAGUAUCAGCAUUCAGUCAUUUUAUCUUCAUCUAGUCAAGACAGGAAUGGGUUACUUACAGCUGAAGAGAGAUCUGAGCUAGAGAACAGAACCAUUCAUUUGUUCUCAGCUGUGAUUUCUUUUCACCCUGAAAAUCAACUUUUGUUUGCUAAAGUUCUCUGUGAUAUCAUUAAGGAUCAAGGAACUAGUAAAACAGAAUUACUGAGUGCAAUGCCUCUCUCUGGGUUCAUGAGAAGAUUAUUGCUGCAAGUUUUACUUGAGGAUGAAAAAAUUGCAGUGUCCAUUCGAAACUCCAGUAGCAGUGUUAAUACAGAGGAUGCUAUGCCUCAAACGAAUGACACCAAAAACAGCUUUCCAUUAGGCAGUUGCAGUGGACAAAUAGUUCAUCCUCGUUAUGGGAGUGGCCGCAGUUGUCAGUAUUUCACAAUCAAUCUGAAUAGCAAAUGUGCUGAUGUCAUUGCCAAAGUUGUAGAUACCUUACCUCUAGCCACCUACUUGCCUGAGAUGAAAGAUGAAAGGAGAGUAAGAGGUGAUGAGCGUGGUAUCACCAAAAAACAUAUACUGGGUGAGAUUGAUGUGGAAGUUAUGGAGUUUUUCAGCCAGUCUGCUGCCAUCACUAAAGAAAAGAGAGACAAAAGCCCAGUUCCUAAAGGUGCACUCCCACCCAGACCACCCACCAGAAGAGGAAGACAUGGAAAUGGUCCUGAAACUUUCUUAGAGCAUGUUGGUAACUUGAGACUACCACAAGCUCUCCACAGAGCAAGACUCAGGCAUAUAGCACUGCCAGGUAAAGAUUUGCCACAUAUGUUGACGCUGUCCCAGCUUUUACAAACUUUGUCAGAGUAUGCCUUACUGCCCUCAGAUCUGGCCCUGCAGUUUGUUAUUCAUAUUGUUAGAAGAACUUCAAAAGAAACGAUGGAAGAGUUGACAUCAGAUGAAGCUUUGAUGAUGUCACCAUGUUUCCCAUCUGCUCUCAAGGUAUUUGCUAAUGUUGGUGGCCUGGCUCUGCUAGCACAACACUUGCCUCUGCUGUUUCCCGAGAUCACUAGACAGAGCAGCAAUGUAGAGGUGGUGACUGACAACAACAAUGUUGCUGAAAUAGGUCAUGACUGGGUGACUGUGGAGUCAUCUGAUGAGCUCUAUGAUCCUUAUCUGGAGCCCAUUACACCACCCCACACAUCCAAACCUAGCAAGCACUCCGGGGUUGGCUCUGCACCCUCUAUUCCUCCGCACUCCCUAAUUGCUUUUGGUUUGUUCUUGAGGCUCCCUGGCUAUGCUGAAGUGCUUCUGAGAGAGAGGAGAGUGGCUCAAAUGUUACUUAGGCUGGUUCUUGGUGUCACAGAUGAUGGAGACGGAAAUCAGAUCUUGAGUUCAAAUAUUGCCAGCUCCUUGCCUACAAUGCCUUUCUUAAUACUGCAAUCACUGUUUGACUCAUCACCCCUGACUACAGAUGAUGGGGUUUUGUUGCGUCGUAUGGCACUUGAUAUAGGAGUUAUUCACCUUGUCCUGGCCUGCCUGGCUACCCUAAGCCAUCACAAACCAAGAUCUCCACUUACAAGUUUUCAACAUGAGACACAGUUGAUUCUCUCAGCCAUGCAGUCCUCCUCAGCCAUGGCAUCACUUAGUCAACCAGAGGAGAAAACUCAGCAGCACUACUGGGCUAAAGGGACAGGGUUUGGUACAGGUUCUACUACCUCUAGCUGGGAUGCUGAACAGGCCUUGUUACGGCAGAAGGGAGAGGAGGAGCAUGUAGCUUGUCUACUCCAGGUGUUGGCAAGUUACAUGAACCCUAAUAAUAGCUUGACCAUGAAACUGACACCUUCAUUGCAUCAAGACUCAGACUCACCACUAACACUGGCCCCUGCAGAAGAAGAAAGCCACCAGAAUCUCAUCCCAGAAUCCUUAGCAGAGCUUUUGUCUCAGUCCUGCCUGGUUCCAGCUCUUUCCUCUUACUUGCGCAACGACUCAGUCCUAGACAUGGCGCGACAUGUGCCUCUGUACAGAUCUCUCCUGCAGCUGCUGAGGGGCAUGACAGUAAACCCUAGCCUGGUUCCCAUUUUGCUGCCCAUGGAGGAAGAUGGUCAGAAAAAUGGUGGUGGUACUGGUGAAACUCAUGCCUCUAUAGAAGUGUUGCUGGAGAAAAUGAAAGGGUGUGUGGACACAUACGCCAGUAGGUUGAAAUCUAACAAAGGUAAAUCAGGCAACAAAAUGGAGGAUGAAGAAAGUGAAGGUUUGGCCCUACUCAUACCAGAUAUACAGGAAACAGCACUUUUGGUGGCCUUAGCUACACACAAAUUGAAAGAAAAUUCUGCCAAAUCAGAAAGUGCCAACAUUGAAGAGAAAGAAUUCCAGAUAGUCAAGCCACAGAGAACUCUGGAAGACAGAUACAUUUCUGUGAUGAAAGCACUUCAGUUUGACACCUUUGAGAUGGUGACAGAAGAAGGGAAAACACUCAAGUUCAAUGUGCCACACCACUAUGAGACUAAUGUCAAAUCUAUGGGCAAUGUGACAAACAUAGCCAGAACCAGGCGAUUGGCCCAAGAGGCAGUAACACUGUCCACAUCACUUCCUUUGGCUUUUAGCUCCAGUGUGUUUGUAAGGUGUGAUGAAGACAGGCUUGAUGUAAUGAAGGUACUCAUCACUGGUCCAUCAGACACUCCUUAUGCCAAUGGAUGUUUUGAAUUUGAUGUGUUCUUUCCCCAAGACUAUCCAAACACUCCCCCAUUCAUCAACAUGGAAACAACAGGAAAUCAUUCAGUGCGAUUCAAUCCCAAUCUGUACAAUGACGGCAAGGUUUGUCUAAGUGUAUUAAAUACAUGGCAUGGUAGGCCAGAAGAGAAAUGGAAUGCACAAACUUCCAGUUUUCUACAAGUUUUGGUCUCUAUUCAGUCUCUUAUCCUGGUCAGUGAACCUUACUUCAAUGAACCUGGCUAUGAGAGGUCUAGAGGUACCCCAUCAGGAGCUGCUAGCUCACAUGAGUAUGAUGCCAACAUAAGACAAGCCACAGUCAAAUGGGCUAUGUUGGAGCAGCUGAAGAAUCCCUCUCUAUGUUUUAAAGAGAUCAUCCAUGCACAUUUUUGGCUGAAGCGUCAUGAGAUUCUUUCUCAGUGUGAAAAAUGGAUAACAGAAAUGGAAGGUUAUAGCAAUGAUAAACGCACUGGAAGAUCAAUAGCACAGAGCACAUUGGCACUUAAACGUCACUACAAUCAGUUAAGGGAAGAACUGUCAAAGUUGAAACCACCUGCAGAUCUACAACUUGAAGAAGAAUCUGAAGCAACUAAAAUUGACCCAGAAGCCAAACAGUAUGCUACCAACACCUCGGACCAAACGGAAGCUUCAGCUUCAAUCUUGGGUCCGCUGGCUCCUGAAGAUAUUAAUUAUGCACUGACAAAUUCUCAUGACAUUUACAUGGACCCAUUCUCUCUCUUCUCAGCCAUUGGUGUGCAACACGAUCAGCUGCAACAAAUGCCAGCCUCAGAUGACAGCAUGACCCCAUCAGCUGACCAAGAUUGUUGACACACAAACAGUUUUCCAUAGAGUCAUUAUGGUCCAGUCCUUACAGACCCAGUGUGUAUGGUUUGUGCAAACUACCUACACUCUGAAAUGUCUAGCUGUCAUUCUAAUUUUUGACUCAAAAGUGACAGUACCCUAACGCAACCUUCACUAUGUCCAUGGCGUCAAUUGGGCAGGAAUACAGAUCUUUGCUGUACUCGUUAGAGAAUAAAUUACAUAUUCAUUGCAUUUAUGCUUGGGAAAAGAAAUGUAAUGCUUUCCAAGUGAAAAAAACAAAAUAAUGUGAAUUAUGAACACCGUGUUAAUUAGAUAGAACAUGACUCAUUUUGUCAUUGUAAAAUAUUUGACUAUAAAUAAAUAGCUACUUGUUAUUUUUAGAGAUCACUUUCUCUACAAUAAUAACAUGAUCCCUGAUGGUGUUUCAUUGUCUUGCCCGAGGCAUGGAGUGUUUGCAUUUCAACUUGUAUUGAUAUUUCAAGUGUAUCUUUUGUGUGGUUGAUGACUAGCUGUCACUGGAGUUGGUGGAUGGUGGAUCAUGUUAGCUCUCCUUUCUUUAUUUUGUCAAUAUGUUGCUUCUUUCAUUUGUAGUUUUGUUUGAAUAGGAGGAAAAAAACAACAGAAAUGAGUAUUAUAAUGUCCAAGUUUAAAAAAAAAAAAAAAGAAAUGUACUUUUCAUUUUUUUUAAACUUUAUAAUUUCAUAUUAGCCGUGACAAUGUGAUCAUUAUUAAUAUAGUGAUUGAUAUUACGAUUGAGAAAUGUUAAUACUGAUAUGCAUUAAAUAGUAACCUUUCAGUUGAUUGUUCCCCCCCUCCCCCCCCCCCCCC